AUGUCCGACUCCAAAAAGGAUGGUGGUGGGAGCAGCAAAGGGUCGCGUCUGUCGUCCAUGUUAGAUGGGCUUAAGAUUCAAGACCAACUGCAGGACGCCAAAGUUCAUCUCAUCCACCAAAAGCACAAGAUUGGAAAGCUAGGUAAUCUGUUCAACAAGAACCAUCGUCAUGACGAAGAACACGAACAACGGUGCGACGCGAAGCGCACCAAGAUGUGUGAGGAGAACCGCUUCCAGUCUUACUUCCCCGAGCGUGAAGGCAACCUGGUGAAGUGGUAUGUCGACGGUCGCGAUUACUUCUGGGCCGUGUCUAUGGCCCUCGAGCAGGCCAAGGAGUCCAUCUACAUUACCGAUUGGUGGCUUUCUCCUGAGCUGUUCCUCCGUCGCCCACCACACGCGACCCAGGAGUACCGACUUGACAAGCUCAUCAAGAGAAAGGCCGAGGAGGGCGUGCAGAUCUACGUGAGCAUCUACAAAGAGGUCGAGCAGGCCUUGACCUGCAAUUCGGCUCACUCAAAGCAUGCAUUGCGAAGACUUUGUCCUAAAGGCAGCCCUGGUCAUGGAAAUAUUCAUGUUGCCCGCCAUCCAGAUCACAAUGUCUUUGAGAACUUAGGUGACAUGACCCUAUUCUGGGCCCACCAUGAAAAGUUCAUCGUGAUCGACUACUCCCUUGCCUUCAUUGGAGGUCUGGAUCUGUGUUUCGGUAGAUGGGAUAACCACCAGCAUGUGUUGUCGGAUAUUCACCCCGAAGGCGUUAUUCAUGAGACUUUCCCGGGCCAAGACUUCAACAACAACCGAGUCAUGGACUUUCAGAAUGUCUCUCAGUGGCAGGAUAACGAAUUGAGCAAGGCCGACUAUGGACGAAUGCCGUGGCAUGACGUGGCCAUGGCUGUCAUUGGACCCUGUGUCUACGACAUUGCCGAACAUUUCAUCCUGCGCUGGAACUUUGUCAAACGUGACAAGUACAAGCGCGAUGAUCGGUUCGAUUGGUUACUACUCGAAGGCCGUGAAGGAGAGGAUGAGGAUCUAGUCGGAGUCCAACGUCCCAAGCACCCAGUCGGAGAAUACGUCAAACAUCCCUACAGCCCUAUUAGCACCAAGAACCUCGAAAACCGAGGAACAAUCAAGGCUCAGAUUGUGCGAUCGAGCGCAGAUUGGUCCAGCGGUAUUCUCACAGACCGGAGUAUCCAGAACGCCUAUAUCGAUAUCAUCUCCAAGGCUCAGCAUUAUGUCUAUAUUGAGAACCAGUUCUUCAUCACGGCCACUGGAGACCAACAGCUCCCUAUUCGCAACACAAUCGGCCGCGCCAUCGUCGAUGCCGUGGUACGCGCCGCCAAGGAAGAACGAAAAUUUCGUGUCAUUGUUUUGAUUCCUGCCGUGCCUGGUUUUGCUGGAGACCUUAGAGACAAUGCGGCUGCGGGCACACGAGCCAUUAUGGAUUAUCAGUACAAGUCGAUUUGCAGAGGCGAACACUCAAUCUUUGGCCAGUGUCGCGCUCAAGGUGUUGACCCUACCAAGCAUAUUUUCUUCUUCAACUUGAGAUCCUACGAUCGUUUGAACAAAACCCCUGGCAUCGUCAAGGCUGAAAAGGAAACCGGCGUUAGCUACCAGCAAGUUCAACGUGCUGAAGCUGAGGAAAUCAUGGCAGAGGGUAUCCACGGUAGUUAUGACCCCGAAGACUCAGAGGGUGACGAGCACAUGCGCGGAGAUAAGAAGCAGUCUGAGUUGGAUGAAUCUAUCAAGAGGACCAUGGAAGCACGCAAGAUCUUCGAGGAUGCUUUGCCAAAGGAGGAGGUGAAGACGUCGGCUUCCGUUGCUCACCACGCCAUGGCUGGUGGUGAUUUGACUACGGAAGUCUGGGAUGAGGAGGACCCUGAAUCUGAGAUUAAGAACUGGAUUCAGGAGGAACUCUAUAUCCACGGCAAGCUUCUUAUUGUCGACGACCGAAUCGUCGUAUGUGGAAGCAGCAACCUUAACGACCGAAGUCAGCAAGGUGAUCAUGACAGCGAACUCAGCAUUGUCAUGGAAGACACACGUAUGAUUCCAAGUACCAUGGACGGCAAACCAUUCGAGGUUGGUUAUCACGCGGCCACCCUCCGGCGGUAUCUAUGGCGCGAGCACAUGGGUAUGCUGCCCCCGCAGCCGCAUGAUGCUUCUGAGGACAUCAACGCCAUGCCUCCAACCAUUAACCCUGAGAACAACAUCUAUGAGAAUGACGAGAGUUACAAGUUCGUCGAAGACCCUCUUAGCGAUGAGCUCUGGGAGAAGUGGACCAGCCAGGCUACCAAGAACACGGAGUUGUUCAGACAUGUAUUCCACGCUGACCCAGAUGACCACAUCAAAACCUUUGAAGAUUAUGAUCGCUACCUUCCGCCACGAGGCGUCAAGGCUGGUCACGUCUUUGACCAAUUCAUGCCUCCCCAGGACUGCAAGAACAAGCUGGCACAGAUUAAGGGUCACCUGGUGUGGUUUCCGCUUGAGUUCUUGAAGGAUGCUGAAAUGGCGGAGCGAGGACUGCAGGUCAAUUCGUGGACCGAGUCCGUGUAUACUUGA